UAAAUUAAAUUAAUGACAGAAGAGACAAGCAAACAUUCGUAGAAUUCGUAGAAAUCGUAAUAAAAUUGUGAUGGAAAGUAAGAGUUAUUUGUAAAUUGCAUUUUUGUGUACCCCAAAAUAUAGUGAUUAUAAUCGCCUAAUUGAUUAACAACUAAUACUGAAGAAUGGCAUCAUCCAAUACCUUACAAAAAGCAAUUGACCUGGUAACAAAGGCAACUGAAGAAGAUAAGAAUAAAAAUUAUGAGGAAGCACUAAGACUCUAUGAACAUGGGGUGGAAUACUUUCUCCAUGCUGUAAAGUAUGAAGCGCAAGGUGAAAAAGCUAAAGAGAGCAUUCGAGCAAAAUGUUUACAAUAUCUGGACAGAGCGGAGAAAUUGAAAGAAUACCUGAAAAAGGAUCGGAAGAAGAAGCCAGUCAAAGAUGGAGAGUCUAAGAGUGAGGAUAAGAAGAGUGACAGUGAUAGUGACUCUGAUGAUCCAGAAAAAAAGAAACUGCAAGGGAAACUUGAGGGUGCCAUAGUUGUGGAAAAGCCGCAUGUAAAAUGGAGCGAUGUGGCUGGUUUAGAAGGAGCAAAGGAAGCAUUGAAAGAAGCUGUUAUACUACCCAUUAAAUUUCCUCACCUAUUCACAGGAAAAAGGAUACCAUGGAAAGGUAUUUUACUAUUUGGUCCACCUGGUACUGGUAAAUCAUAUUUAGCCAAAGCUGUGGCAACAGAAGCAAAUAACUCUACAUUCUUCUCUGUUUCAUCAUCUGACCUUGUUUCCAAAUGGCUUGGUGAAUCAGAGAAAUUAGUGAAGAAUUUAUUUGAACUUGCUCGACAACAUAAACCAAGCAUUAUUUUCAUAGAUGAAAUUGAUUCUCUUUGUUCUUCACGUUCUGAUAAUGAGUCUGAGUCAGCAAGGAGGAUCAAGACAGAGUUUCUGGUUCAAAUGCAAGGUGUUGGCAAUGACAUGGAUGGUAUAUUGGUACUUGGAGCUACGAAUAUACCUUGGGUACUCGAUGCUGCUAUUAGAAGGCGUUUUGAGAAGCGUAUAUACAUCGCUCUACCCGAAGAACAUGCACGUCUGGAUAUGUUUAAGUUACAUCUCGGCAACACAAGACAUCAGUUGACUGAGCAAGAUAUGAAGGUUUUAGCUACAAAGACAGAUGGUUAUUCCGGAGCUGAUAUAAGUAUUGUUGUUCGUGAUGCUCUGAUGCAACCAGUACGUAAGGUCCAAUCGGCCACUCACUUUAAGAAAAUUUCUGGACCAAGCCCAACUGAUCCAAAAUUAAUUGUUCACGAUUUGCUGACUCCAUGUUCUCCUGGUGAUCCUGGGGCAAUGGAAAUGACAUGGAUGGAUGUACCGAGUGACAAGUUGGGUGAACCACCGGUGACAAUGUCAGAUAUGUUGAGAUCUCUCGCUACAUCUAAACCAACUGUCAACGAUGAUGAUAUGAUCAAACUUAAAAAGUUUAUGGAAGACUUUGGUCAAGAGGGCUAAAUGGAUUAUGACAUUACAUUCUUUUUGUGAUUAAAUACACGAUUUCAUGAUCUUAGAUAGACCAUGGGUCUCCAAGCCUGUCAGUGAUACUAUAAAAGUACAGGCUAAAACAAUGAAACCUGAAUUUGAACUAGAUCUUUUUAUUUUCUUUAUAAUUUCAAAUAUAAUUAUGUAUCCUAAUGUUAAAGUAUUGAAAUUGAAUUAUUACAAUUAAAUAACACAUCUCAAAUAAAUAUAUUUUCUACUAUGUCUUUGUUUCUUUGUGUGUUGCCAGAAUAUGUUAGGUAAAUGAAUUAACCAAAAAGUCUGUAGUCAAUAUUUGGUGAGUUUGGAGACCCAAUUUAUUGAACACUAUAACAAUGAUAAAUUUUAUUAUUCCGGCAAUAAUUAUGAACAAUUAAUAUUGUAAAUAUUUGAAUAAUUAUUGAUCUAAAAUUGAUCCAGAUUUGCUUAACAAAACAGUUUCAAAAAAAAGUUUGGCACAUUUUAAAACAUUUACCACAUUGUUAAGGAUAAUAGUUCCUUAUUGUCUCAGAUCUUGCUAUAAAGAUUUAGAGUUAGUGAAAAGUUUCAUGACAAUGUAUACAAUUUCAAGAAUAAAACUUACCAUCAAUCAAUAUCUUUAAGAUUUGUAAUGUUAACUUAUUUUCUUCACUGGCUUUGCAUGUUAUUCCAUUCACGCCUUUAAUGCAUGUUUAAUUGUAUAAAUAAUUAAAGAAAAUGUUUAUUUAGGUAAAAUUAAAAUUCAUACGAAAAAUAUAUAAAAAAAAUAUUUACGAAAUAAAUCCUAUAGUAUUUUUGCUUUAGAAGAGUAAAAAUUGUUGAUUAAAAUUGUUAAUUAUAUUUAAAAAAAUUAUAUCUACCUACAUUCGUCUAAGUGUUAACAGAGUUUAAAAGUUUUGAACAAAUAACCGUGGGCUUCUGAGACCAAAAUCUUUAAAAAUAUACUUAUCUCUAUUUCGUUAAAGAUAAUGUAAAUGAAGGUAUGACGACAUGUUUAUAUAAAGAUUUUAGUCUCAGAAACCUACAAUAAUUGUUUCACCCUUGUUUUACCACACGUAGACGGUUAAACUGUUGAGUAGUCUAUAUGAAGACGGUCGUUUGUGUGCGUAAACGUAAGAGCCAAUAGGAUUGUUGAAAUCUAACAACAAUGCAGUUACGCACACAUGCGUAAGCAUAAACUAUUAUCACAAUCACAAUUAUGCCUUGGAUGCAUUCAUUAAAAAAUAUACGCAUGUUUAUGAAAAAAUUGUAUCUUAUAGUUUUAGUAUUACAUUAUUUGUCUUUAUGUCUAUUAAAGAAUUACUUGUCAUUGAUAAUUUCUGUUGUUAGUUUAUGUUUUUUUUAAAUAACCAAAAUGGAAGUAAUAUUUCAAAUUAAAAGUUGUUAAUAUAUAGUACUUUAUAAAUUGAUACAGGGUUAUUCGGCCUCUGUCACCAUUAUAGAUUCAAAUUCCAUUCAAUAUAAGUGUGUGAAUGUAUUUAAUGAUGCAUUACUCUAUGUUUUUAAAUGCUUAAAAGUUAUUAUUUAAGUUUUCUCAAAAGCCCUGUUGUUGACUAAAAAUGGACCAUCGACUUAUCUUCAACAGGUUGUCCAUUAAUCACGUGAUGUUGUUUUAGCAACUCUUUGAACCACAUCGAAUGACAUAUGACGUAGAUUACCUCUCAUUGAAAUGUUCAAUAUUUAUGUAUUUAUUAAAUUUACGUCAUCAAUCAGAUAAUAAAAACACAUGAUAUCUUAUUUUAGACCACACCGUUCCUCUUCGUGAUGUUUCGUGAUUUUUCUGGAACAUUUCGAACUUCACGUGAUUAGUGGAAGAACCCUUGGCGCAGAUCUAAAUGCACAUUGGUGUAUCUAUUACGUACUUUAUCAAUUCAUGCAAUUUUAUUUUUAUAUGUUAAUAAGCAAAUAAAGAUUUUUGAGUA